CACAGACUCCGCCCGGGUCGAGUUUCACUAUCAGGCGGCAUGAAACAAACGCACCCCGAGAGUCAGAGAAGACAGAGAAGUUUUGGGCCAUGAGGUCCCUUUUCCUCCUACUGCUCUCCAUCCUCGUGGGUGUGAUUGAUGUUCAAGGAGGUUCAGACUUCAGAGUCUGCGCCUUCAACCUCCAUCACUUUGGAGACUCUAAAUCAAAGAAGACAGAUGUGAUGCAGACUCUUGUCAGGAUCAUUACGCGCUGUGAUGUGUGUCUGCUUCAGGAAGUGAGAGACAGUAAAGAAAAAGCUGUACCAAGGCUGCUUGACCUCAUCAAAAGGUACGACACCAGGCAUGAGUACAAAUCUGUGGCCAGUGAGAGACUGGGCAGGUCGGACUACCAGGAGCAGUAUGUGUUCGUGUACAGGGCUAAUACCGCAACACUCACUGGGCAAUAUCAGUACCCAGACGAUCUACCAGGGGACGUAGAUGCUUUCGCUAGAGAGCCCUUUGUCGUCCGCUUCAGAGCUCCCAAUACAGCUAUUAAGGAUUUUGUCCUCAUACCUCAGCACACCACUCCAAGCAACGCCACUAAGGAGAUUGAUGCACUGUAUGAUGUUUUGCAACGUGUGAGAAAGAUGUGGAAAACUGAGGAUGUGAUGCUUCUCGGCGACUUCAACGCUGACUGUGGAUACCUGGCUAAGAAGAACAGGAAGAAUGUUCGCCUGAUUACAGACCAGAACCUUCACUGGCUCAUACCAGAGGACACAGACACCACCGUGCGAUUGUCCACGUCCUGCGCCUACGACAGGAUUGUUGUGAAUGGAGACAAGUUCAACAGAGCGAUUGUGCCGUCCUCAGCCAAACCGUUCGACUUCCAAACACAAUACGACCUGUCAGAAGAUCAGGCCCUGGAUGUCAGUGACCACUACCCAGUGGAGGUCCUACUGAAGACCGUCGGGCCAAAACCCUUCAAUCGAGGAUCUUCCUUCACGUUAACUGGAAAUGGGAAAACAGUUCACUCAGCGUUCUUGGCUUUGUUUUUCUUUUGCCACCUCGUCCUCCAGGUGUCGAUGUGGUAGUUGAAUAAGUGGACUAGGAUGGAACCUCAGGGCAGCUGGCCUCGCGAACCUCAUGGUUUCUCAUAAUGUGGGGUCAAACUUGCCAAAUUGUACAGAUAAUGUUUGUCGGAACAACACUCCGUGUUUGGGUUCAAGGUUACAGAAAAUAUAGUUACACAACAUUUACCUUUAUGUAAUUCACCUUAUUGUGCAAUAAUCCGUGUGGCAGGGUAUGAAUGAGGGUUCGGGAAUGUUGGACCCUUUUAUUAAUUUUAUCAAGACAGUAUCUAGGAUACUGAAGCAGUGUUGGGCAUGUAUUGUGUGUGUUUACCUGUGUCUUUAUGUAAAAUAUGCUGUAAGUCCGCACACAGCUACUCCAAGAAGCUUAUCUGUUGUGAAUACUUGAUGUAUUAUGAAUUUGUGAUACAGAUAAUAAUAAAUUAAAUUCAAGUCUGA